AUGUCGUACUCAUGGAUCGGAGCACCGGCCGUCUUCAAUGGCACCAACGCGGAGACCGGUGGUGAUUCUGCCACCGAGAACCUGAACCAAUGGUAUUCAUCCGGUGACCAGGCCUUCAUCAUUGUGGCCUCGUGUAUGGUGUUGAUCAUGAUGCCCGGCAUCGCCUUCCUCUAUUCGGGCCUCGCUCGAAGAAAAUCCGCCCUCUCGAUGAUCUGGGUCGUCAUGAUGUCCUUCUCUGUCAUCAUCUUCCAAUGGUACUUCUGGGGCUACUCGCUCGCCUUCAGCUCCGUCGCCACCAACGGCUUCAUCGGCGACCUGCACCACUUCGGCCUCAUGAACACCCUCGCCGUGCCCUCGCCGGGCUCGCCCCUGAUCCCCGAGCUCCUGUACUCCUUCUACCAGAUGCAGUUCUGCGCCGUCACUGGCGCCCUCGUCGUCGGCGCCACCGCCGAGCGCGGCCGUGUCCUCCCCGCCAUGGUCUUCACCUUCUUCUGGGCCACCCUCGUCUACUGCCCCAUCGCCUGCUGGGUCUGGAACAUCAACGGCUGGGCCUUCAACUACGGCGUCCUCGACUACGCCGGCGGCGGGCCCGUCGAGAUCGGCUCGGGCAUGUCGGCACUCGCCUACUCGUGGGUCCUCGGGCGCCGCAACGAGAAGAUGAUGCUCAACUUCCGCCCGCACAACAUAUCCCUCAUCCUCCUGGGCACCAUCCUCCUGUGGUUCGGCUGGCUCGGCUUCAACGGAGGCUCCGCGUUCGGCGCCAACCUCCGCGCCACCAUGGCCUGCUGGAACUCGUGCCUGACCGCCAUGUUUGCGGCCAUGACCUGGUGCCUUCUCGAUUUCCGUCUGGCCAAGAAAUGGUCCCUCGUCGGCUGGUGCUCCGGCACCAUUUCCGGUCUCGUGGCCGCCACCCCCAGCAUCAAGUUCCUGGUCGGCAUUGACGACUCCCUCGAUGUGUUUGCCGAGCACGGCAUCGGCGGUAUUGUCGGCCUCGUCUUCAAUGCGCUCUUCGGCGCAGGCUACAUCAUCGGCCUGGACGGUGUCAACACCGGCGUGAUCACUGGCGGCUGGCUCGAUCACAACUACAAGCAGCUGUACAUCCAGAUUGCGUACAUUUGUGCGUGCUCGGGCUACGCCUUUGUCGUGUCCGCCAUCAUUGCGAAGAUCAUCGAUCUCAUCCCCGGGCUGAAGCUCCGGGCCAGCGAGGAGGCUGAGUUGCUGGGUAUGGACGACGACCAGCACGGCGAGUUCGCCUACGACUACGUCGAGGUCCGCCGAGACUUCCUGGCCUGGACCCCUGCCCAACAGGAGCAACGCAUCGACGGCGUCGGCCUGGUUCCCCAGCACGGCAUCGAGGAACACCAAAUACUGGCGAACGGCACCGCCUCCCGGGGCAGCGAAGAGGCGGAGAAGCGGGCUGUCGGGUCGUCCGACCGGUCCAACAACGACCGGGCCAGCAACGACAGGCCACAAUGA